AUGUUGGGAACGGUGAAGGCGCGGUGGGUAAUCACGACUGUGGUGUUGUUCUCGGUGGUGGUUUCGCGGAGCAAACAGAUAGAUGCGUCGUCCGACAAGCGGCUGGUCACUCUGGGUGCUUAUAGCGGCGGAGAACAAGAAAAGCCAACGGAAGAGGCGUCGGGGAAACUGGAGUACGAUUUCUAUAAGGAGUCGUGCCCUGAGGCUGAGAACAUUGUGAGGACGAAGAUGACUUGGAUUUACAGGCAGCACAGGAACGUCUCGGCUCAGUUGCUUCGUCUCUUUUUCCAUGACUGCUUCAUUCAGGGGUGUGAUGCUUCCGUUCUCUUGGAUGACAGCAAUGGGAAUACAAACCAUUCUAUAGAGAAGCAGGCCAUACCAAACAAGUCUUUAAAGGGAUUCGAUAAAAUUGAUCAGAUCAAGGAGGAACUCGAAAAUGUUUGUCCAGGGGUGGUAUCUUGUGCCGAUAUACUAGCUCUUGCCACCAGAGAUGGCGUUAUUCUGGCUGGCGGUCCUUAUUAUCCGGUCUUGACAGGUAGAAGAGAUAGCACAGAGUCCUACUUUGAUGUGGCAAUGGAGGAGAUUCCAAAACCAGAUGAUAAUAUCACUCAAAUAUUGCAUCUGUUCUCAAGUAGAGGUUUCAGUGAGAGCGAAACAGUUGCUCUUCUUGGAGCACACAACAUUGGAAAGAUAGGAUGUGAGUUCAUCGAGUCACGCGUAAACAAUUUCACUGGGACAGGGCAGCCAGACCCAGCUUUGCCAACUGAUCUCCUCAGCACUUUGAAACUAAAAUGCGUAAACAAUGCUAACAAGGCCACCAGUAGUAAUAGUGAUGCAUCGCAAUCGUCUUUGUUCAUAUCAUCUGGGGCAGUUUUCGACUCUCACUAUUACCAGAACUUGAUGCGGGGAAGAGGAAUCCUCUUUUCUGAUCAGCAACUAAUGGUUAACAUGAGGACUGCUCAAGUGGUUGCAGGUUUUGCUUAUAAUGGAACGGCAUUUCGAAUGGACUUUGCGCAGGCAAUGACGAAGAUGUCAAAACUUGGAGUCCUCACUGGAUCUCAAGGUCAGGUGAGAUCAGUCUGUUCUCUCCCAGUCGACUACUAUUAA